AUGAACCAUUUUGUUAACGUCUCGCCGUCUGGCCGUACUAUCAGUCAGAACUGCUUUACGACGAAGUCUGAUUGUCUUGACGAAAAUCGCACUAACAAAAAUACCACACUAAUAAAUAAAUCUGAAAAUUCUUAUUAUUAUCCCAGUAAUCUUGAUCCACCUCAAAUUAAUGAAGACUAUAAACAAUCUGUUGUUAAUAGCGAAGUUUAUGAUUCUCUAAGACCUUUGAAUGAUCAUUCAAACGGUAGUAAGAAAGCCUUUUGUAUUACUUUAUCUACAUCUGCAGCUAUUGCUGAGGAGUUAAGACGUGUUUAUGUUGAACAUCCUAAAGCUAUUUCAAAUCUUGGUAUUGCUACAUUAAAUUUUGAUACAGACUUGCAGUCAAAUCUACCUCAUUACGAAAGUCAAGUAAAUUCAGACAGUCAAUUUAAAAGGCCAUUGUCGCAUUGUACGUCGGAUCCUAGUACAUCAACACCAAAAGAAUCUUCAUUACUUGUUAAUCUGCUUAGGCAGCCGAGUAUGCCACAUUCUUCUUCAGUGCCUAUUCAGCAACAACAACAACAACAACAGCAUCAGCAAUCACAAACACCAAUAAAGCAGAGCCCAUACAGUAAUGUGCCUCCACCACCACCACCGACUCAACAAUACCAACAUGGUUAUCCUAUGCCUCAACAACCUCCUACAUCAUAUCCACAGGCAUCAAAUAUUCCUUCAGAAAAUUUUCCUUCUUACCAGGUGCAACAACGUAUGGAACACGUUAAUCAGCAACCAAUUCAACACACUCCUCAAUAUCAUCAACAAAAUCCUAUGUAUCAACAUCAGAACAUUAUGCAAUCACCAACAGAACAUAACCAACAGAUAAGACAAAUUUCCCAAAUGACAGUGCAAUCCCAAGCACCAGGACAAAUGGUUAAGGAGGUACCACAACAAACAUCUCCGGUUAAAGGUAAAAAGAAAAAACAAGUGACAAAGAAACAACAACAUGUAAUAAAAGAAAUUCCACCUCAACAACAACCACAACAACAACAACAAAUUUCUGCUACUCAUUUACAAAAUAUUUCUGUUGGACAUAGACCUCCACCACAAUAUCAUCCAGGUGCUGGAAUGCAUAUAGAUCCUUAUGGAAAUCCACAGCCUCAUCCUUCACAAUAUCAUUCACAACAACAACAACAACAUCCUGGAGGAAUACAACAGCCUAUGAUGCAACAACAUCAUCCUGAAUUUUAUGCUAUUCAACAAAAUCAGCAUACACAAAGAAUUCAACAUCAAAUGAGAUCUCCUUAUAAUCAACAAUAUCGACCUGGAAUAGGACCACCACAAUAUGGUAGUAUAGAUGGAUAUGCUGGGCAACGACAAAUGCAUCCACCACCACCAGGUAAUCAUCCUCAUAUGUGGCAGAACGUUCAACGUCCUCAAAUAACUUCCCAACAUAUACAGCAAAAUGCAAAUGUACAAGAUUCGCAGCGCCAAUUUGUUCAUCAACAACCAUAUAUGCAACAGAUGAAUGCUCCUCCAACAAAUGCUCAGACUCAUACGUCUCCACAAUAUCCUAAUCCAUCAAUGUUAUCAGGGCAACAACAACAACAGCAGCAUCCUCAAGGACAGCCUCAUUACUAUAUGAAUCCUCAUCAAAGCGGGUCUGAGCAGCAACAGAUUGCUCAUCAACAACAAAUGGCUCAACAACGUGGACCCUCAAUGACCCCAGGUCAUCCACAACAGCAACAUGUGAUGCGUCCUCAACAUCCUCAACAAAUUUCACAACCUUCACAAAAUUCAAAUCUUCAACUUGUACAAUCACAAAUAUUACAUGAUGAUAAUUUUUGUAGUACAAUUGGUGAUGAUUUGUUAGAAGAAGUUGAUUUGGAUUCAAUAGAACCAAUGCGUAAUCUUGGUGCAACAUCAAGUACCUCUUCCAAUAGUAGCCUUCAAAAUAGUCAUUUUAUGGCGCAACAAACGCAUCCACAACAAAAUAAUUAUUUACAAGGACCUCUUUCUCAACAUACUACUUCACCAUCUUCAGGAGGAGGUUAUUAUGGUAGCAAUCAAUAUAUCAAUCAAAAUCCAAUGGCAAAUGUUCCUACUCCACAACAGUUAGGUUAUCCUAAAGGUACAUCCUCUAGUCAUUCAAUGCCAAACUCUUUCUAUCAUCAACAGUCACCUCAAACAUCUACUUCUGUAUCAGGACCUAGUGGUGGAACAAUUUCUUCUCCUUCACCUGCAAGAACACCAGCUACACCAAGAUCACAAAUAUCUACACCUGUAGCAGGUAAAGGACCACCAAUAACAUCCAAUGAUAAUGUUUUACAAACAAAAGAAGAGAUAGAAAGAGAAAGACAAAUAGCAAGUACAAUAAAUUCUGUUAUUGAAAAAGCAAUGAUUGAUACACCAAGUAGUUGUUCUACACCAUCAACAUCAACUCCACAACCUCAAAUUGUAUCUUCAUCACAGCAUUGUACUAAUUUAAAUGGUGGAAAACAAGGAACUCAUCAUCAGCAAUCAUAUUUUACAAGUCCAAUAAACUAUUCAUCCCCAGCACCAAUGAUUAAUGGUUCAACUGAAUACCAUGUAACACCAGCAUCUCAUAUGAACGGGUCAUUUGAAUUUGAUCAAGGACAAGUUUCACAGCCUAUGCCAUACUAUAAUGGUAAUUAUUCUAAAAUUCCAAUGUCUGGUGAUGUUGUACAUGGAAUGAUAAACCAGCAACCAUAUUCUUCCCAAUCGGCACAAUCUACUCCAAGAAGAAAACGAAAAAGUGAUGGACAAAAAGAAAUGGUAACACCAAGAAAAACUUCAACACAAAUUUCAGAUGUAUUUGGUUCAAGUCAAUAUAUAAUUAAUCAACAACAACAAUCUGUUGCCAAUCAAAUUCCAGCUUCAUCAACAAUAUAG